CGAAUCUGUACAAUCGCACGUAGCGGACCUCGCUGCGGUCACGCCACUUUCCCGAGAUAAGUUAUUAGUGAAAAUAACUGAUUAUUCCAUUAUUAUAUGGUGAUACUUGCAUCGCGAAGCUUUGUAUAAAAUGUCGUCGGUAAUGGAUGAUAUUUGCGAGCUCCUGGACAGCUAUAGUGGAAGAGACAAGGUUGUCCGUCUAGCAUGUUAUGCGUUUAAGCUCUAUGGGUGUGUCCGCAAUGACAAAGGCUGGCAGAAAGCUGGGUCCCAGCUGUCUCAUUCACGGAUGAUACUGCGGCUUUUUGAUGACAUUCCCACGAUCCGCCAAACUUACAAUUACGGAUUAGGCAGGCAUGAAUCGUCAUCAUCGGCUGCAGCGCUAGGCGUUCUGGCCAACUUGAUAGACCAAGCCUUCCUGCCUGUAGAAAAGGCCUGCUGGCUGCAGGAGGUUGGCGUCCUGAAGCUCUCUGAAAAUUCUGCAGAGAACUUGGACACUAUUAGCACACUUUUAUGGGCAGCUGGUCUUUACGUUUCACUGUUACAAACAAUAGGUACUAUCCGGCACCUAUGGUGGAGUAGAGACUGUCUCCAGAAAUCAUCAGAAGGCGGAGGAGCCGAUGCCAAAAAGAACUUAGACGUAAGACUUAUCCUUCAAGCUGUAGUCGCUGGCAAAUUAUGCCUGGACAUAACACAUGCUGUCAGCUGCCUUCCAGCAGGUUGGCUAUGGGGGGAGAAGAUAGGGCCAACCAAAGUUAACAUUAUAGCUACCACUUCUUCUGUCAUAGGUAUCGCUAUGUAUUUUGCUAAGAAAAUACUUUUGAAAUAAUUAACUUGUAAUUAGAGAGAUUUUGUGCUUGUAUAGUGUUCAAUAAAUAACGUUUGCAUGUGGAACAAAAUGUGAUUGUAACAUUGUGACAAUUCUCAUAUAAACGUGCCUUAUUCGACUUCAAAAGUGAAGUGUCAAAUCUGUAGCGAAUAAGGAUUAUUUGUUAAAUUCUUAAAAUAUUAAUUUACACUGUUAUUCAAAACUACGAUGACCCCUGUAACAAUUCAUUUGACGUUUAUCAUAGGGAUAGGGAUGAGCUAAAGUUGAUUGAUUUUUAGUGUAUUUGAUUUUUGAAGCAAAGGUCAAACCAUAUCAAAUUUAUGUCAUAGGUAAGCAAGUUACACUUGAAAUCGAUAAUGUUGAUUAAACUCUGCAAGUAACUAAAUAAUGUACAAGAAACUCUAGGGGUUCCUCUUUGUAAAUAUACAUUUGUACACAUUUAUUGUUUAUAGGUUUCAAAAAAGUAACAACACUGGUAUGUCAAUUCGUUGCCUAUGAUCAAAAUUCAAACUUCACAAUCUCAGUACAGAGUAUUAAAAAAUCUGACCUCAAAAGUCAUUCAUCC